AUGGACCUUCCCCAGAACCGACGUAUACACAUAGGCAACAUUUCCCAGAAACUUGCAGAGUGCAAGGACUCUCUUGAGGCGAGAUUGGGCAAAUUCGGCAAAGUCACUGGCUCCAUAGACCUUCGAACAAAGCCAGUGAACGAUUUCUACUACGCAUUUGUCGAUAUGGAAAUCCUGGACAAACAGUUUGAAAAGCUCAAGAUGUCUUUGAAUGGAAUCCUAUUCAUGGGCCGCAAACUCACAAUCUCGUUGGCUAAAGAAGACUACUUGCAAAGAUGGAAGAAGGACUCAGGAAGGCCAGAAACAUCCAAUGCAGUGUUGGCAAAGCUGGCCAACAUUGCUGCUGCAAGAAUAGAAAGAAUCCGUGAAGCAAAUACCAAAUACCCAGUGAACAGCAUGUCUGGGGCCAUGCUACCGUCUACAAGCUCUCCUGCUCCAAACAACUCGAGUAUGGGAUACCUGUGCUCUCCACAUACAUUUAACGGUUCAAGCGCCAACACAAAAAACAAGGCUCCCUCGCAUGAUCUUAUAGGCAAACUAUCGUACGGUGCUACACUCAAGCCUAGGGGAACGUAUGCUCAGCAAUAUUCAAGGACCAACGGUAGAGCAGAGGUUAUAAAGGGAAGAUUGAGGACCACUCCUCGUCCAGCCUCACAUUUCAUCAGACGAGAGCAAACUAUGAGGCUCCUCAUAAAUGGAGAGCUCAAACAAAUUAAGUGCUAUAAGACCAAGCUAUGGGGCGUGGAGAAGAAAGCAGCCACGGAGCUCACUUAUAAAUUUUCAGAUGGUGCAUGGAGAUCAGGGGAUGAUCACAUUGUCGAGAGAGUUGAUAAGUGCGGUGUGAAUGGAGCUCAAGCUGCAAGGUAUGGAGUUGAAGCCCGUCACGAGCCUACCGAAGAGGUGGCCACUAAAGAUGUCAGCAGCAACGUUCUUGAACGCUUCUUCGAAACGUUUGAUUUCGACAAACCUGUUGCUAUUGACGAGAAGUCAGACGACGAGGACGCGGUGACUCUUGAUAGUAAGGGCCGCAAGAACGUUGAGCUGUACGAUUUUGAGACCAAGGGUGUCGUACGUUUUGAGGAAUCAAGAAAGGCAGCCUCUCAAGGCGGUGAGUCUUUACAAGAGUACCUCCUGCAGCACGAGAGACCUCAAACAGAAGUUUAUUUCGAUGAGGAUGACGAGGGGAACGAGCUCGAGAUGGACGGUAUGGGCCAAAAGUACUCUACAGAGGCGACGAAGAAAACUUAUGACGAGGAGCACGGAAUCGAGCAACAUGAAAAGAACAAGGAGCGCGUUACUGAUAUAAAGAAUGAGACAGAAACCUUGCGGUCUUUGUUCGAACCAAGCAAACCUACGAAUGAUCUUUUUGCUGCUGACAGUGGAUUCAAAUUGGGACUUGAUGAGUCUGACGAGGACAUCGAUGUGGAAAAAAAGCAGGCCGACGAAGAGGAGCAAAGGAAGCUCGCCGAGCAGAUCGCUCUCAAACAGCAACAGCAAGAAGAGGAGGAGUUUGAGGCUGUGAGGGCCUCGUCCAAGACCUUUGGCUUGUUUUGGACCCAUUUUGAGUCUCCCUUCUUGCAAACACAAACCCAGCUCAGCAAAAUUGGCCACGCAAACGAAAAGAUUACACUACCCGGAGAGGAGAAUGGACCCAGUGUCAGAGAUGAUGGUCAUGGAGAGGAGGAUGCAUACGAGACAUGGUUUUGGCUGAUGAGAGGUGAGGUAAGCCGUGAGUGCAAGAGGAGGAGGAGAGAUGUUUUAAGAACACUUAAAAAGAGACAUAUUCGUCCAAUUAUCUAG